AUGGCGGGCGUCUUUGACAUCGACCUCGACCAGCCCGAAGAGGCGGCCUCGGACGAGGAGCUGGAGGAAGGGGGUCACUUAAGCGAAAGUAUGGAUCAUGGAAGAGUCAGUCCAUAUGAGCUCGGCAUGGAGCAUUGUGAGAAAUUCGAGAUUUCAGAAACGAGUGUAAACCGCGGUCCUGAGAAGAUCCGCCCAGAGUGCUUUGAGCUGCUCCGUGUUCUUGGCAAAGGGGGCUACGGAAAGGUUUUCCAAGUCCGCAAAGUAACGGGAGCAAACACGAGCAAAAUAUUUGCCAUGAAGGUGCUGAAAAAGGCGAUGAUUGUGAGGAACGCAAAAGACACCGCUCACACGAAAGCCGAGCGGAAUAUCUUGGAGGAGGUCAAGCAUCCAUUUAUCGUGGACUUGAUUUAUGCCUUUCAGACCGGUGGAAAACUCUACCUCAUCCUCGAGUAUCUCAGUGGAGGAGAACUCUUCAUGCAGUUGGAACGAGAGGGGAUAUUUAUGGAAGACACUGCUUGCUUCUACUUGGCUGAAAUUUCGAUGGCUUUGGGACACCUGCAUCAGAAAGGAAUCAUCUACCGUGACUUAAAGCCAGAAAACAUCAUGCUGAAUCACCAAGGUCACGUUAAACUGACAGAUUUUGGACUGUGUAAAGAAUCCAUUCAUGAUGGAACAGUCACACAUACGUUCUGUGGAACAAUAGAAUACAUGGCCCCUGAAAUUUUGAUGAGGAGUGGGCACAACCGUGCUGUGGACUGGUGGAGUUUGGGGGCAUUAAUGUAUGACAUGCUGACUGGAGCACCCCCUUUUACUGGGGAGAACCGGAAGAAAACGAUUGACAAGAUCCUCAAGUGUAAACUGAACUUGCCUCCCUACCUCACACAAGAAGCCAGAGAUCUGCUUAAAAAGCUGCUAAAGAGAAAUGCUGCCUCACGUCUAGGAGCUGGUCCCGGAGACACUGGAGAAGUUCAGGGUCAUCCCUUCUUCAGACAUAUCAGUUGGGAAGAACUGCUAGCUCGGAAGGUGGAACCACCUUUUAAACCCUUAUUGCAAUCCGAAGAAGACGUGAGCCAAUUCGAUGCAAAAUUUACACGUCAGACUCCCGUCGAUAGCCCGGACGACUCGACCCUCAGCGAAAGUGCCAACCAGGUUUUCUUGGGUUUCACGUAUGUGGCUCCAUCCGUACUUGAAAGCGUAAAAGAGAAGUUUUCCUUUGAACCAAAAAUUCGGUCACCUCGCCGAUUCAUCGGCAGUCCUCGGACCCCCAUCAGCCCUGUCAAGUUCUCUCCAGGGGACUUCUGGGGACGAGGCGGUUCCUCCGGCGUGGCCAAUCCUCAGCUGCCCGUGGACUACCCCAUGGAGACAGGUGGGAUCGAACAGAUGGAUGUAACAGUCUGCGGAGAAGCCUCAGCUCCGCUUCCCAUCCGGCAGCCCAACACCGGGCCGUACAAAAAGCAAGCCUUCCCCAUCAUUUCCAAACGGCCAGAGCACUUGCGCAUGAAUCUAUGACAUCACCUGUGGCCGCAGUCCUCCCCCUGAACCCGCUUGAGCGACAGCAGAAGACCAAGGACAGCUGUC